ACAAGUUACCUCCAAGAUCCAUGGGCUCCACAGCAGGUGCUGAGACUGGGAGGCACCCCUAACCAGCAAGUGGCUAAGCCUCCCUUGGAGGUAAAUAAACAACACACCAAGUCACCAGAAGCCACCAAAUCAUCAUCAGAGACCAACCCAGUCAGUGAGUGAACCACCCAAUGCUCUCUGCCCAUCUGUCCCUGCUGGACCCAUGACAUGCUGGUCACUGUGUACUGCGUCCGGAGGGACCUCUCGGAGGUAACCUUCUCCCUCCAGGUCAGCCCUGACUUUGAGCUCCAUGACUUCCGAGUCCUUUGUGAGACAGAAUCCAGAAUCCCUGCCGAGGAGAUGCAGAUCAUUUACAUGGAGAGACUCCUGGCUGAUGACCACUGUUCCCUGGGCUCCUAUGGCCUCAAAGAUGGUGAUGUCAUCGUACUACUUCAGAAGGAGAAUGUGGGACCCUGGCCUCCAGGACGGACUCUGAACCAGCCUCGAAUGGACUUCAAUGGGAUUGCAGUGCCUGGGACAUCGAAUUCUCGGUGGCAGCAGCCACCACCAUGGGGACCUUCUGCUCACCAGUCCCAUGGCUUGGCCUCUGGAGAGAAGAUGGUAUCUGCUCAAGACCUGAACAACCCCGCCUUAGUCCGUAGCAUGUUACUGUCCAAUCCCCACGAUCUGUCUCUGCUGAAGGAACGCAACCCUUCCUUGGCAGAAGCUCUGCUCAGUGGGAAUCUUGAAACAUUUUCUCAGGUCUUGAUGGAGCAGCAGAGGGAAAGGGCCCAGAGAGAGCAAGAGAGGCUUCGCCUCUACACUGCUGACCCAUUCGAUAGGGAAGCUCAAGCCAGGAUAGAAGAAGAGAUCCGACAGCAGAACAUUGAAGAAAACAUGAAUAUAGCAAUGGAGGAGGCCCCUGAGAGUUUUGGACAAGUGGCCAUGCUCUACAUAAACUGCAAAGUGAAUGGACAUCCUUUGAAGGCUUUUGUUGACUCAGGUGCCCAGAUGACCAUCAUGAGCCAAGCUUGCGCAGAGAGAUGUAACAUAAUAAGACUAGUAGAUCGACGGUGGGCUGGAGUGGCAAAAGGAGUGGGCACACAAAGAAUUAUCGGCCGUGUUCAUUUAGCGCAGAUUCAAAUCGAAGGAGACUUCUUGCAAUGCUCUUUCUCUAUUCUGGAGGAACAGCCCAUGGAUAUGCUUCUUGGACUGGAUAUGCUCAAGAGGCAUCAGUGUUCCAUUGAUUUAAAGAAAAAUGUGCUGGUGAUCGGCACCACUGGCACACAGACGCCCUUUCUUCCUGAGGGAGAGUUACCCCUCUGUGCUAAACUGGUAAGUGAUACUGGGCAAGAAGAGUCUACAGAGAAGGAGGCAACAAACACCAUUAAGCAUUCAUUCAAGGAUUCAGGACGCAAAAAGCAUUGAAGUGGGUUACAAGUGUGUCAUCAACUUAAGGGUGCCUCAGGUCCUGAAAAUUAUAAGAUAUGAGUUCACAGGCAAUCAUUAAAAACAUCAGUAACAACCAA